AUGUCAAACUCAGAGACAACUAGCCAGACUGACGCUAGUUCUUCUUUAGUUCCUGAAUCCUCCAGUUCAUCUCGCAUCCCACGGAGCCUGAGGCGCGUACAGGGGUCGCGGCAGCUGAGUAUGGACGAAAAUUCGGGGGAUGAGAAUACACGUGAGUCUCAUUCCACCCAAGAUCCUCAGGCCGUCCCAGAUGCUGAUGCCCAGAUACAGUGGCCCAUUUUCUUCAUCCCCCGGGAUGACCAAAACCAGCAUUACUUUACGAAUCUAAGAGACCCCAACGUCCCGCAGAGUGCCCUAACAGAGGCAGCUAUAGCGGACCAGGUCCGACGAGUUCAAACGCAGCUCGGACGGAACUUGACAGCCGACGAACAAGAGCACAUCCGAUCGGUGAUUACCGAUCUGCAGCCUCAAGCAAAAAAUUGGGGGUCAGGGGAGGAUAGCGAUGCCGACUCGGCGGACGAUGACCCUCCGGAGCACGAGUCCGAAGCCGAUUGGCCUCCAGACGCCGACAUGAACUGGAAUGUCAACAACAACGGCGACUCGGAGUGGUGGGAUGAACAACCCGUCCAGUGGGAUGCUGACCCUGAAGCCAACGACCACCCCAACGCCGAGGCAGACCCGGGCGCCGAACAACCGCAUCAGGAUCGGCACAUGCUCUCCGAGAUUCGCCGGACACUCGACGACUUGCGGCUCACCAUCGGGAACGUCGACCUCCGUCUUCAAGAUGUUGAGUAUGGGAGAGCACAAGAUCACGAUGAAAGCGACGAGCGGUGGGAUGGUCCGGCGAAGCUCACCUCCGCUCAGGCCUUGCAGCGGGAAUGCAUCGACGCUCUCUUCCAGCGGGAAUGCAUCGACGGGCUCAUUAAGGCGGUGCGCGACGUCUCAGCAGCAGCGGCCGCCGUCUCCUCCACCGUCGCACAGCGGGCUAAUGUGGAGAGCACAAGCUCUCCUCCCUCGGCUCCCGGUGGCGCUAGCACCAGCAGCGCUCCUAGCAACGGCGCAAACCACAACAGGAAUAGCAACGCACAGCAGCAGCAGCCGAUCCUGCCCAUUCAAUACGUGCAGCAGCCGGCGGUGAUGUGGAUGAUGCCCAACGGCAACCCCUACAUUCCCGCUCAAAGCCCUCCUCCUAACCAGCAACAGACUGACCAAGCCCAGGUGAUCAGAAUCGAGCUGCCUCGAUCGACUGUGACGUUGCUCGCGUUGGCCGUAGUCAUGUGGACCAUCAUAUCGGCCAUACUGCUCAGUGAGAGGCUGUCGGACUCCGGCGUCGGCACCUACGUCAAUAGCGGUUACAACGGGCUAGAAACAGCCCUAAUCUUCGAGUCGUGGGGGGCAUUUGUCCUCUUGACUCUGGCGCUGGUCUACCUGGGGGCAAGCAGAGGAAAUCGUCAAUAUCUUGAAUCCCCCGAAGAGGCUGUCACCUACCCAACCGGACGCUCCUCCACGCGCAUGCCAUUCCCACCCGCAUCUCCCGCGGGCCCACGGAACCAGUCCUAUGGGCUGCAGCACGCCCGUUCUUAG